AUGGAAGCCACUCAAUUUCUUCAUCUCUCUCCCAAUCUCCAAUUUCUCCCUUCAAAUCCUCUCAUCAGCACCACCACCAAUCACCAAUUCCGCAAGUUCAAAUCUUCCGUUGCAACUCCAGAGCUCGUCUCUCAGAACUUCACCAGGAACUCGCCAAGGAAACAUUUCUUCCGAGGCCGUCCCAAUCAGCAGCGGCGGCGGAAGAAGUCAUUCAAGGAGAAAGAUGCCUUCCCGGAAUCGCUGCCGCUCCACAAUCGAAACCCACAAGCCAUUUACAAGGAUAUCCAGAGACUGGCCAGGAUGGACAAGCUUGAGCAAGCUCUGGCUGUCAUGGACUACGUCGAGCAGCAGGGGAUCCCUGUAAAUGCCACCACUUUUUCGGCCCUCAUUGCGGCUUGCAUUCGGGCGAAGUCGCUGGAGGAAGGGAAGCAGGUCCAUGUACAUAUCAGGAUCAAUGAGCUGGAGGACAACGAGUUCUUGAAGAACAAAUUGGUACAUAUGUACACUGCUUGUGGGUCGAUUGACGAUGCCCACAAGGUGUUCGACGAAUUUCCUUCGAGUAAUGUGUAUUCAUGGAAUGCGUUGAUUCGGGGGACUGUGAUAUCGGGGAGGAAGAGGUACCAAGAUGUUGCGUCUGCGUAUGGGGAGAUGAGGGAAAUGGGUGUUCAACCAAAUGAGUAUACUUUCUGUAACAUCAUUAAGAGCUUUGCCGGUGCAUCCGCGUUUAAGCAAGGGUUGAAGACUCAUGCGGUGUUGGUAAAGAACGGGUUGAUCGGUAGUGCGAUGCUCCGAACCAGUUUGAUUGAUAUGUAUUUCAAGUGUGGCAGGAUCAAGCUAGCCCACAUGGUCUUUGAGGAAAUGUCUGAGAGAGACAUUGUUCUGUGGGGUGCGAUGAUUGCAGGGUUCUCCCACAACAGGCGCCAACUCGAGGCAUUGGAUUAUGUAAGGUGGAUGGUGCAAGAAGGGAUACACCCGAACUCGGUGAUCUUAACGACGAUUCUCCCAGUGAUCGGUGAAGUGCAGGCUAGGAGAAUAGGGCAGGAAGUUCAUGCUUUUAUCUUGAAAACAAAGAACUAUUUCACUCAGCUACCAUUGCAGACUGGAUUGAUAUCCAUGUACUGCAAAUGUGGCGAUAUGGUCUCAGGUAGGAGGGUGUUCUACAGCUCCAAGAACAGGAAUGUGAUUUCCUGGACCGCUUUAAUGUCGGGUUACGUAUCAAAUGGACGAUUCGAGCAGGCUUUGAGAUCAGUUGUCUGGAUGCAACAGGAAGGUUUCAAACCGGACGUCGUCACAGUAGCUACAGUCCUUCCAGUUUGCGGAAAGCUGGGAGCCAUAAAUCAGGGGAAAGAAAUCCAUUCCUAUGCCGUGAGAAGGUGCUUCUUUCCUAACGUAUCAGUGACCACUUCUCUCGUGAAGAUGUACUCGGACUGUGGCAUCAUGGACUAUUCAGUCAAGCUGUUUGAUGCCUUGGAGAGGAGAAACGUCAUAUCAUGGACAGCCAUGCUGGAUUCCUACGUGGAAAAAGGGUUUACCGACGAAGCAUUCCAACUCUUCAGGUCAAUGCAGCUUUCAAAAUCCCGGCCCGAUUCUAUCACACUAGCUAGGAUCUUGACAGCUUGUGGAGAAUCCAAAGCUUUAAGGCAUGGGAAAGAGAUCCAUGGACAGUUACUGAAGAAAAGACUCGAGUCCAUCCCUUUUGUUUCAGCAGCGACCAUUAAAAUGUAUGGAAGUUGCGGGUUGAUUCAUUACUCAAGAUCGGUCUUUGAUGCGUUAUCUAUCAAGGGUUCGAUGACAUGGACUUCCAUUAUAGAUGCACAUGGGUGUAACGGUCUGUACAAAGAUGCAAUCAGGCUUUUCGAGGAGAUGACAUCUCACGGUUGCACUCCCAACCCGUUCACAUUCACCGUAUUGUUGUCAAUCUGCGACAAGGCAGGAUUUGCUGACGAAGCUUGCCGGAUUUUCGAAGUGAUGACAAGGAAGUAUGGUCUUGAUGUUUCGGAAGAGCAUUGUUCUAUCAUGGCUGGACUUCUCAGCUCUUGUGGUCGAUCUGCAGAGGCUGAAAGGUACGCAAGGUUAGUCAUGUUGUAA